GUUAGCGCACUGCGCUAGAAGACAAUUUGGCUUGCGCGAAACGAACCUCAACAGCAAAUGACUAACAGAAAUCCCUUAAAAAGGUCCACCACCAGCCCUCCCCCUUGAAGGUCAACGAAUAAUUGUGGGAUAAUUCGCACACCCUUCACUAGUAUACAGUACUCUGCUAUUUCCCUCCAGCAUAUCCCUCCAUUCCCUGCAGCAGAUGCCGUGACGGUCGCCAUGAUGAUGUCGGGUUUUGCCUGCAGCAGCAGCAGCAGCAGCGAGCUGUGAGAGACAUACACACGGCGACCGGGAGCGGAGCAGGGGAAGGCAGCAGCGGAGUCCUCCACCCGACAUGAACGAAGACGCCUAUUUUCAGCCCCUCGCCGCAAAGCUUCUCUCGACAAGUGCAUGACGGUUUUCGAAAGCAAGGCUCGCUCCUUCCGCCAGCGUUUUGUAUAUACGAAGAGAGGAAUUUAAAGGAAAAACAGCUUGCUAGGGCUUUCGCAGUCCUGCCAGAGGAGGGGCAUAUGGGGCUUUGUAGCAAUGCAGAUCCCGUGCUGCUGAUGCGCUUUUGUUACUGCAUAAUGGAUAACCACAGAUAUCACCAUAUCUCAGGGGAUUACUUUAAACUUCUUUGGUGACUUGUUGUGUGAAAAGUGUCCUUUAAAAGAGAAGCUGAAAUCGGGAAUACAUAAGCCUAGGUUAUAUACGUCAAAUCCACCGGCCAGGGCAGGGUCGAUGGCUGCAAGUUCUCUGCAUCUAAGGACUGCGAAAUCAUGAUGUUGUGGAUUGAUAUGGACGCAUCGGUGCGAGAGGGACCAUGAUUAGGCUUUACAAUAUUUUUUGAGCCUUUAAGUUUUUUGGAGCGUUCACUCAAGUGUGCCACUGGCCGGUCGCAUUUGCUACCGUGGGAGCAAAAACUGACCAUACUGUGAGACAUCAGCAGCAACUGAAACCAUGUCUGGAGAGGUGCGUUUGAAGAAACUGGAGAAGCUGAUUCUUGAUGGCCCGUCUCAGUCCAGCGGCCAGUGCUUCAGCGUGGAGACCUUGCUGGAUAUUCUUGUUUGUCUGUAUGAUGAGUGCAAUAAUUCUCCCCUUAGAAGAGAGAAAAACAUCCUGGAGUUCCUAGACUGGGCCAAACCUUUUACAUCCAAGGUGAAACAGAUGCGCUUGCACAAGGAAGAUUUCGAGAUCCUGAAGGUGAUUGGACGGGGAGCGUUUGGAGAGGUUGCAGUAGUAAAGGUGAAAAAUACAGACAAAGUAUUUGCCAUGAAGAUUCUCAACAAAUGGGAAAUGCUCAAAAGGGCUGAGACUGCAUGUUUUCGGGAGGAACGGGACAUGCUGGUGAACGGGGACAGUCAGUGGAUCACGACGUUACACUAUGCUUUCCAGGACGAGAACAACUUGUACCUGGUGAUGGACUACUAUGUAGGGGGAGAUCUGUUGACUCUGCUCAGUAAAUUUGAAGAUCGUUUGCCUGAGGACAUGGCCAAGUUCUAUCUGGCCGAAAUGGUCUUGGCUGUUGACUCUGUGCAUCAGCUACAUUAUGUUCACAGGGAUAUUAAGCCAGACAAUAUCCUGAUGGACAUGAACGGUCACAUCAGGCUGGCUGACUUUGGCUCCUGCCUCAAGCUCAUGGAAGAUGGGACCGUCCAGUCCUCUGUGGCAGUUGGGACCCCGGACUACAUCUCUCCAGAGAUCUUGCAGGCUAUGGAAGACGGGAAGGGAAAGUACGGGCCGGAGUGUGACUGGUGGUCUCUGGGUGUGUGCAUGUACGAGAUGCUGUAUGGAGAGACACCCUUUUAUGCUGAAUCCCUGGUGGAAACCUAUGGAAAGAUCAUGAACCAUAAGUCAUCUCAACCUAACAAUGAGGAGCGCUUCCAGUUCCCACUUCAGGUGACAGAUGUGUCUGAGGAGGCUAAAGAUCUCAUACGGCGGCUGAUCUGCAGCAGAGAACACCGGUUAGGCCAGAAUGGCAUCGACGACUUCAAACAGCACCCCUUUUUCACAGGCAUUGACUGGGACAACAUUCGCACAUGUGAAGCCCCCUACAUCCCCGAAGUCAGCAGCCCCACUGACACCUCCAACUUUGACGUGGAUGAUGAUUGCCUCAAAAACUGUGAGACGUUGCCCCCACCUUCACACACAGCGUUUUCUGGACACCACCUCCCAUUUGUAGGCUUUACCUACACAAGCAAAUGCACUCUGUCAGAUCGAGGGUGUCUGCGGGAGUCCAUGGGACCGCCACAGGUAGAUGCUGAUCUUCAGCGUAGCCUGGAAGAGAGCCUGGCCUCAGAGGCCUAUGAGAGAAGGAUCCGACGUCUAGAACAGGAGAAGACCGAACUUACCCGUAAACUACAGGAGUCCACGCAAACAGUGCAGGCACUGCAGUACCCUGAUUCGGACGCCCCAGUGAAUGCUAAUAAGGAGGUAGAGAUCCGGAGUUUAAAAUGUGAGAUCGACAUCCUGAAGAAACAGAUAGCAGACUCUGGUCAACUGGAACAGCAAUUGGAGGAGGCCAGCACAGUUCGAAGAGACCUGGAAGACACAUCUAAGAUCAACAGGAGCUUCGAGAAACAGCUGAAGAGUGUCAUGCAAGAGAGAGAUGAUCUGCACAAGGAGCUGCUGGAGUUGGCAGAGAAGGUGAAGGCUCAGGGGAAGGAGCUAAAGGAGGCUCACAGUCAAAAGAAGAUGGCCAUGAAGGAGUUCUCUGAGCUGAACGAGCAGCUGAGCGAUCUGCGCUCACAAAAGCAGCGGCUGAGCCGACAGUUCAGAGACAAAGAGGAGGAGAUGGAAGGAGUGUCACAGAAACUAGAGGCUCUACGGCUAGAGAUUCGCAAAGCAGAGAAAAUGCGCAAAGAGUUGGAGGCCCAGGCUGAGGAGCAGGCAGCAGAAGCUCAGAAGGAGAGGAAGCUACGAGAGAGAACCGAACAGUACAGCAGACAGUUGGAGGAGGACCUGGAAGGGAUGAAGCAGUUGAAACAGGCUGGGCUGCCUCACGCAGCGGCAAGCUCAGACCAACAGCAGGAGCUGAUGCGCAUACGAGCGGAGCUGGAGAAGAAGAACGUGCAGUACGAGGAGGAGUUGUGUCGCCGGGAGACACUCCACAGCAGCGAGCUGAAGGUCCUCAAGAAGGAGCUCCGCGAUGCUGAGGGUCAACACCUCACACUCCAGAAAGAGAUUCUCAUGCUCAAAGACAAACUGGAGAAAACCCGCAGAGAAAGCCAAACUGAGCGAGAGGAGUUUGAGACGGAGUACAAGCAGAAGUACGAGAGGGAGAGAGGCCAUCUGACAGAUGAAAACAAGAAGCUCGCAAGUGAAGUGGAGAAACUGAGCUCUAUGUAUGACCAGCUCAACAGUAGUCACAGGCAGCUGGAGGAGGAGAUGAGAGAGUUGGCUGAUAAGAAGGAGAGCGUUGCCCAUUGGGAGGCCCAGAUCACUGAGAUCAUACAGUGGGUGAGCGAUGAGAAAGAUGCUCGUGGUUACCUCCAAGCUCUGGCCACAAAAAUGACAGAGGAGCUUGAAGGGCUCAGGAACACCAGCUUGGGAGCCAGAGGAACGGACAUGCCGUGGAAGAUGAGGCGCUUUGCUAAGCUAGACAUGUCUGCGCGUCUAGAACUGCAGUCUGCACUGGAUGCCGAGAUCAGAGCCAAACAGUCCAUCCAGGACGAGCUUAACAAAGUCAAAGCAUCCAACAUUGCCACAGAAUGCAACUUGCAAGAAUCCGAAAGUAGAAACCAGGAGCUGCUUGCAGAAAUUGAGAGGCUGAGGAAAGAGACAGAAGAGCUGAGACUGAGGAGAGGUGUGAAGCAUCAGGAUUCCCAGAAUUCUUUCUUGGCAUUCCUCAAUGCGCCCACUUCUGCUCUGGAUCAGUUUGAUGACUCAUUUUCUUCCUCUUCGUCUUCUUUAGUUGAAUUUUGGGAAGAUCGGUCACCCUCUUUUGGUCCCGGAAGCAAAACCAGACGUCUUGACUCGGCAGAUUUCACUCCCUCCAACACUCCGUCACGAGAUGAAGACUCAAGAUCCCGUCGUAUAUCACGCUCCCGCUCCCCGUCAACUGCCAGUGACAUGGAGCCUAUUGAGUUGAUUGACCACACGUCACGUAGUCUACAGACUCCAACAGGCAGAUCAGGCUACGGGAGCUUGGGACACUCAUCAUCUAAGCCCAAGGCGCACCAGUUUAGUGUGAAGACCUUCACCGUUCCCACCAAAUGCAACCAGUGCACCUCUCUGAUGGUGGGACUUAUCCGUCAGGGCUGCACCUGUGAAGUCUGCAACUUCUCCUGUCACGUCACCUGUGCUGAUAAAGCACCCUCUGUGUGCCCCAUUGCACCAGACCAAACCAAGGGCAAAUUGGGAAUCGACACUCAGAGAGGCAUAGGGACUGCAUAUGAGGGCCAUCUUAGGAUACCAAAGCCCACAGGGGUGAAAAAGGGUUGGCAGAGGGUCUGGGCAGUGGUAUGUGACUUCAAACUUUUCCUGUAUGAGCUUGGAGAAGGGAAGGGUGCCCAGCCUGGUGUCAUAGUUAACCAGGUUAUUGACAUGAGGGAUGAAGAGUUUUCCGCCAGCUUUGUUCUGGAGUCUGAUGUCAUCCAUGCUAACAAGAGGGAUAUCCCCUGUAUUUUUAGGGUAACAGCAUCUCAGCUGUCCACCUCCUCUAGUCAGAAGACAUGCAUCCUGAUCCUGGCUGACAGUGAGCAAGAGAGGACAAAGUGGGUGUCCGCACUGAACGAACUGCACCGCAUUCUGAGGAAAAACAAGCUGAAGGAGCGUUUCGUGUAUGUGCCUAAAGAUGCGUAUGACAGCACCCUUCCUCUCAUCAAAACCACCCAGACUGCUGCUAUUAUAGACCAUGAACGGGUUGCUUUGGGGAAUGAGGAAGGCCUGUUUGUAAUCCACGUCACCAAAGACGAAAUUGUUCGUGUGGGUGACAUUAAGAAGGUGCAUCACAUAGAACUGAUGCCCACAGAGCAUCUAAUGGCCGUCAUCUCGGGCAGGAACCGACAAGUGUGUCUGGUCCCCAUGGCUGGGUUCGAUGGGAGGGAGAUUGACAAGAACAAAGUGGCAGAUACUAAAAACUGCCAGGCACUGGUGUCUGGUGUGGUGCGCAAUAACACCUGCUUCUGCCUUGCAAUUAAACGGCAGAUCUCCUGCUAUAAAAUUAACAAGAGCAAGUCUCGCUACUGCCAUCUGGUGGACAUACAAGUUCCAGGAACUGUCCAGUGGAUGGCGUUCUUUGGCCAACAAUUAUGUGUUGGAUACCAAGCGUGCUUUAUGCGCUACAGUUUGCAUGGAGAUACCCCUCCGGUCAGCAUGCUCCACCCAGAUGACCCAACAUUGGCGUUUAUUAAGGCAGAGAACUUGGAUGCCCUUUGUGCAGUGGAAAUCUCCAAUAAAGAACUGCUGCUCUGCUUCAGCAAAAUUGCAGUGUAUGUGGACACACAUGGCAGACGCUCGCGCCAGCAGGAGCUAAUGUGGCCCGCGACGCCCACCGCCUGCUGCUACAACGCCCCCUACCUAUCAGUCUACAGUGAAAACGCAGUGGAUGUGUUUGAGGUGAACACUAUGGAAUGGAUACAGACUAUUCCUCUCAAAAAGGUCCGACCGUUGAACAUGGAUGGCUCUUUGAAUCUCUUGGGCCUAGAGACGGUCAGACUCAUCUACUUUAGAAACAAGACUGCAGAGGGAGACGAACUGGUGGUGCCUGAGGUGUGUGAUAACAGCAGGAAGCAGAUGGUACGCAGCAUGAGCAACAAGAGACGAUUCUCAUUCCGUAUUCCUGAGGAGGAGAGACUGCAGCAGAGGAGAGACAUGUUGAAAGAUCCAGAGAAAAGGAACAAGUUGAUCUCCAAUCCUAUGAAUUUUAACCACGUUGCCCAUAUGGGUCCUGGAGAUGGAAUGCAGAUCCUCAGAGAUCUGCCAAUGAAUGUGCGUGCUCAGGACAAUCGAGCCGUGUUCAGCGGUUCCGUCAGCAUCCCCUCAAUCACCAAAAACCGCGCCGAACCUGGGCGAUCCAUGAGCGCAAGCAGUGGCCUAGGAAUGCGGUCCUCCUCUCAGAACGGCAGCGCUCUGAGGAGGGAGUUAUCGAGCAGCAGCUACAGUUCUAAACGCCAGGCCAUGACGUCACCCUCUGAGAGCUCGCUGUCGUCAGGAGGGGGGAUGGACGUGGGCGAAGCGCCGCUCUCUCAGUUUGAUAGAGAGUGGCAGGCAGUAUCGCCCUCGGAGAAGACCCCUGAUCUGAAAAGGGCUUUAAGGAACCUGCUUAGUAAGAUGAAGGACUCCGAUUCACCCCGGCACUCCACUGCCUCCAACAGCUCCACCUUCAGCAGCCCGCCGAGCCCCGCCUCCCCGCACAAGACAAAGUCCCUCUCACUGGAGAGCACAGACCGCACAGGGUGGGACACAUGAUGGACUCAACAAUGAACCAAUCACAACAAACUUUGAGUGUGCCAGUCACAGUGCUCCGUCCCCUCCCAUACAGUCACACCCAGGCACUACAGGCCCCUCCCACUUCAUUUGCAUAAAGCAUCACCACUGGGGAACGUACAAAGGAGAAACCACACCAACACAAGAGUUUGUAUGUUUGAGCGACCAGGACACGCAUGACUACGACCCCGCAAAAGCUGAUUGGAGGAAAAAGUGGAAGUUAGGUUCUGGGUUUUAAUGUGACUGGUGUUUGUACAUAGACUGGGUUAGGGUUGAACUUUUAUUUAUUUAUCAUUCAGCCAUUUCAAGGUGGAAAAUACUGUCACGUCCCUCACACUCGUUCUUCAGCUGUGGACCAUAUGGGAAUGAUGAUUCCAUUAUAGAAUCCCACUAAUUUACCUGGAGGAAAAAAUGCAAUGAUGUAUAUUUUUUAUUUGCUUUUAAAAGUGGUGUGUGCUGUGAUUCGUUUGUUACUUCGGCUAAAUGGAUGAGAGACCGCAGAUAUCAGGCGACCUCAUCUAUCGCUUCCUGUCCUAGAUUUGUAGGAAUAUAUAGAGGCUUUCUGACACAAUGACGUCUUGGAAUCUGUUACCGUCAUCAUCGCCAAUCUCCACGUAAUCCAAACCUUCCAUGAACCAACAUGACCUGUGAAAACACAUCACAGUAAUGUACAUAGCUUAAAAGUAUAGUAUAAUAUAUAAUAAGGAAAUAUUGAAGAGAUAACUAUGUGGAAAAAAAAUCUCAUUGCUUUUAUUUAAAAAAAAAUAUUUUAAUAUACUCGCACUAAGACCAUUUAAAAAGCUUCAGUUGUGUCAGUUCCUUUAGACUUUUAUUUUUGCUUUAUGAGACAAUACUGCCUUGUGUAUUUUUAUUUCUUUGUUGUCUUUUUUUUUUUUUUUUUAAGAUUUUUGUGAGACACUACAAAUGUGCUUUAACUAUAAAAUCUGCAUCAUCUCAGUUGUGCUUUAUCAGAUGACAAUACAUGCAUUGACCGAAACUGUACAAAUAUCAGCAAGGUUGCAUACAAAUAUCAUAUUUCUGCAAACUAGAACUAUUAAGUCCAAAUUGUUGAACUGGUCCAACAUGUAAUCUGAGAUUUGCAGACAGACAAAAGGUAUGUCGUUUUGUUCCUGAAUGGUUUCGUCUAAUGUUACAGAAUGGGAAAUAUUCAACACACUUUGCCUCACCCACAAAGUUUGGCUCUUUCUGUCUUGGAAAAACAUAUUUUUAGAAAAUCUUUUCAUUGGAUAAUUCAGUAAUUUUAUCCAGUUAAGUGUUAAAACAUUCACACCACUAUUAAAGGUGGGGUAAGUGAUUUCUGGUAGCCAAUGUUGAUAUUUCAGUUCUCUUUAUGACGUAUUG